UGGGACCACCAUGUAUGUUUAUUUAGGGCUUAUUAUAAUAUGCAGAUAUUCGAUUGCCCAACUACACCGUCAGUUGUUGAUUUAGUCCCCUUCUAGGUCUUCUCCGAAUUUCGAUCCUCUCGGCUCCGUUCAUCUCUUUUCCGCCGUCGCUCUCCAGCUUCACCAUGCGGAGGUACAGUCCACCAUAUUAUAGUCCUCCAAGGAGGGGAUAUGGGGGUCGAGGAAGGAGUCCCCCUCCAAGGGGAUAUGGUGGGUAUGGUGGACGCAAAGAGCAGAAUCAUGGAAGUCUGUUGGUUCGAAAUGUUCCUCUCAGUUGCAGACCAGAAGAUCUUCGAGUUCCAUUUGAAAGAUUUGGACCAGUAAGGGAUGUGUAUCUGCCAAAAGAUUAUUACACAGGGGAACCUCGGGGCUUUGCCUUUGUGCAGUUUGUGGAUCCUUUUGAUGCUAAAGAGGCUCAGUAUCAUAUGAAUGGGCAACUUUUUUGCGGAAGAGAGCUAACUGUGGUUGUUGCUGCAGAGACCAGGAAAAGGCCAGAGGAGAUGCGUGGCAGAUCCAGGACAAGUGGGCCUUCAAGUAACGGAGGACGAAGAUCAUCAUACUACGGACGGUCCCGAUCACGUUCCCCUCGUUACCCUCCGCCUUCUAGGAGCCGAUACCGCUCGAGAUCGUAUUCUCCUGCUUCGAGACGGCGAGGUGACUAUUCCAUCUCCCCAAGGAGAAGGCAUGCAGAUACCUCGAGAUCACCAAGGGAUCUUCCACCAGAACGAGAUGAACAUGUGCAGAGGCGCUCAUAUUCACCAGGCUAUGGUGACGCUGGUAGAGAUCAAGGUGGCAAGGGUUAUCAUGAGAAACAUGAUUAUGAUGCAGAGGGAACACAGGCAGGUUGGAGAUCUCCUGGAGGUGCCUCGAGAUCCCCGUCUGGAUCACGGUCAAGGUCUGCUGAUUUGUCUCCCAGACACAGUAGAUAGAUCAAAAGCAAAAUGUGGAUCAGAGACCACCAAACUUUCUCCCAUCCGUACAAUUUGGUGGUUGCCAUCUUGCAGUUGGAGGAGAGCUCUUAUCAUAGAGUUUGUGCAAUUAUAGGUUAAUUAUGGUUUUGUUUCUUACCUGAUUGGAUCCCCUAAACACUGCUUUUCACAUCUUGGCCGUAUUUGUCUGUUUCUUCGUACUGUUCCCAAGAGUUUCUGUUGCUUGCAUUAGCUAGAUGGUUGAUAACUUGAUAUUACGAGGACAAGGCUUUUGUUUUUGGGGUGGUCCCGAGUCUCCUUACUUUUAAGUGAACCAUUAUAGAA